UAAAGUUAAGACCAAUGGGCAAUAAGAGAAGUUUCCAACAGCUAUCACCUCUCUUUCUGUACAAUUCACCUAUCAUACUUAAUUACUUUUAGCUCAUUUUCACCCAUCUUUUUGUACAGUUCACUAAUCAGAUUUCAGUAUUUUCCAGCUAUCUUAACCUCAAAGCCUAUUCUACACUACUAUUAGAGACCCCAAUUAGGAAAAGUAUGGAUCCAGUGGUCCUCACAUAUUCUUUACCUUUCAUCUUUCCUUCAAGUUUCCCAUUCUUCAUCUUCUUCUCUUCUUCUGCUUGAGUUACUUCCCAACUUGUUUUACCAUCAAAGAAAUGGAAACAAGCAAACCAGAGGGGAAAAGAAGCAUAAACGAAACUGAGUCGGCAGAGGGGGGCGAAGAUGAAGACGAAGAUGUUGAAGAAGACAACAAAAAGAAAAGAGCAUUGACUAUAUCUGGAAGGAAGUUAACCGGUGGAGGGUCAACACAGCUGUUCUGUCAGGUGGAGGACUGCAGCACAGAUAUGACAGAUGCCAAGCCAUACCAUCGCCGCCACAAGGUCUGUGAGAUUCACGCAAAGGCUCCGUCAGUACUUAUAAAUGGAGUUCAACAGCGCUUCUGUCAGCAAUGCAGCAGGUUUCAUGAAUUAGCCCAGUUUGAUGAAGCUAAGAGGAGUUGCCGGAGGCGAUUGGCAGGUCACAAUGAGCGCCGCCGGAGAAUUACAUAUGAUUCUCAUGGUGAAGGGUCAACCUGAAGACAUAAUACCAGUGGGGGAACAAACCAACUCCUUAUUCGAACUCAUAAGAAGAUUGGUCUCUGAACCACAUAGCUUAUCAAUGUAAUUUCUAGCAUGCUCUCUAUCUUCUGUCAAUUGCUAGACUUCAAUUACAAAUCAUUGCCUCUAUGUGUGGUUUGUAAUUCAUUCAGCCUCAAUCCCCUCCCCCAGUGGGAGGGUCAUUCGGGGGAGCAUUAUCAUUUGGAUGAAGUUUCCUAAAUCUUAUUAUCAUUUGAGGCUUGAACAUCUCA